AUGUACCCAGAUCUCUCCGGUCACUGCUUGCCACAACGGCUGAUCCUCAAGGGAGUCACCUUUCAGCGUCUCUUGCAACAGAAUAUCAAGUACGCAGGCGCUUUAGCGAUAAGUAGCCCGGAUGACGAACUCCCUGGGGCCUUGAGCCCUCAAGACGAAGAACACGAAGCUUACAAGCUGCGGACCGAAAAGCUCUGUACCACCACGGCGAUCGAUCUGAACGAUACAACCGAUACGAAGCGAGCCGAUUCCACCGACCGAAUGCACAUGAAUAAUGGCAAAUGA